AAAUGCCUUGAUUUUAGCGUAAACAUUACUACAGAGUUCAUAUGAAAUUAGCGAGAACAUUAAAUCGAUUACCAUAAUAUGUGAUCUUGUCUUUCGUUCAAUCAUCAAUCACCCAGUCCGCUGUACAAAGCGACCAGCGAUGUGUACUAACUUUUGGAGCGUUCUGUAGAUAAAGUGAGCGUAUUAAAGGUACAUGGAGAUCCUUUCACGUGUUAUUCUUCCUAGCAAGAUAUAGGACCAACAAUCCAUUCCCCUUCAAGAUUAUUUACAGAGGAAGUAUCCGAUGCAUGCGGCGACAAAAUGGACAAAACACUUUUGACUGCACAUCGAAAUUUGUUAACAGUGGAUAGUGGCUAUCACGGACGCCGGAGGAAUUCGGCGACACUUCUGACCCCAGGAGUCUCUAGUCCUCUUCUUCAAGUUCGACAAAAUGCUCCCCGACGAAAUAGCAUGCCAGAAAAUGUUUACCUUAAUGGUGACAAUUCUCUGGAUUUGGAACGAGUAAGGUCAUUUCGAAUGACAAAAUCCGGUAUUGUAAAUAGAGGUGAUAGGAUUCGCCGCAAAAGCACAACGAGUAUAAGUUCCGCCGGAAGUAACGUCAGCGGUGCUAGUUACCAAGAUGUGACAGCACCUCAUCCCUUGGAAAUUAGUGACGGAGAAAUGAACUCUGACCCUGAAUGUUUUUCUGUGGCAAUAUUAGGAGCGCAAGGGGUUGGUAAAAAGACGUUGAAAACGCAGUUUAUGACAUCAGAGGCUAUCUGCACCAGCAACACCUCGAUAGAUGCUGAUGACGAGGAGGCCACAGUCCCCGUGAAAUUAGACGAGGAGGAAUCCAAUAUAAGAAUAAUUGAAGUACCCGACCUGAAGUCAAUUGAAGAUCUGCCGGAUGUGGAUGCCAUCCUUGUGGUCUAUUCUGUGGACGAUGAACAGUCAUUUAAAGAGGCCGUUCAAAAUAUUCAGUUCAUAAGGAAGGAAGUGGCAAACAAGCAGGCCAUAAUACUUGUAGCCAAUAAGGCGGAUCUAGAGAGGCGAAGGGUAGUCUCCGAGAAAGAAGCCAAAGCUGUAUCUGACCGUUAUCACUGUAAAUAUGUAGAGAUCUCUGUUGUUCUCAAUCACAACGUUGACGAACUGUUAGUCGGAAUAGUCCGCCAGGUGCGAUUGAGGAGGAACUCGAUAGAACUGGAGGUACCCACCCUGGCCCCGACCAAAAUGUCUAAAUCGUUCUCCUCCAAAACAAAGUCAUUCUUGUGCAAGUUGUUCAAAGUUGGACAGAAAGAAAAUUCAAGUAAUAAUUUGUACGAUUUGUGAUCUGAAUACACCAACCAUUGAUAAAAAUGUAUUAUUGUUCAAAGUCAUGGCAAAUUGAAUCAUCGGAGCCGAUGUCAUUUCUGGAAUCAGUUUCGAUGUAAGGAUUAGACUAUUUAGUGGACACGUAGUAGCACUGAAACUGAAUGUGCAUCGUUUGAAUGACUGACGAGCUGGAAUGGAAUUUAGCAACAACCAAUGCGAGCAGCAACCGAUUGAUGAUCUAGUCUACCGAUUUCCCCCCGUUUCUUCAGUACCAACAGUGAAAUCCGUGUCGGAUGCCCUGGCUUAUAUCGGUAUUUAAAAUUGUAUAAGCAAAGCACUUCAUGCAAAUAGUUUGUGAAAAAAAAACAAGCGAUUAGAAAUAUCAACUUGCAUGUAGCGAACUUUUGGAAUUAAGUGUAACAGUGAUUGUUCGUUCAUAUUGAAAUGCACAAAUUUUUCAUUGUACAAGUAUAGCGAUUGCUUAUAAUAUAUCUACCGUGUAUAAAAUAUCAGAUCAACCUUGUAGUACGUACAAAUUCGAGUUACUUCACAGAUAUUCUUAAAGCUUUAUCUUGAACUAUUCUGGAAAGACAGAUGCAAACAACUGGAUCAGAGACCUGGUAUAUUACUACUGAACCGUAACUUUGAGUUCUUGUGAAACUCUUUUAUCAGAGACACAGAUGUGUUUUGUUGUAUUUAUAAAUAUACGUUUCAAAGACAAGUGGGCGAGUAAUAUAAAUUGUGCGGAAUCUCCCGAAACGAAAAACGUGUAUAAUAAAAACGAUGGUUGAUUUAUAUAUUGGAUCGGUGUGGCAAAUGUGAAAAAAUAAACAGGAAAAGAAAUAUCAACCUCAAUGAGAUGUCAUAAGGUUUCUUAUUUUACAUGUUACCUUGAGAUUUUAUUUAUUACAUUCUUUGGGAGCGGCCAGGAAUAAAAUGCUUCAAAUUAU